UGGGAAGCCUGGAUGUGCCGAGACCCAACAGCAGGGUGGAGAUCGUGGCUGCCAUGCGCAGAAUCCGGUAUGAGUUUAAAGCCAAGAACAUCAAGAAGAAGAAAGUGAGCAUCAUGGUCUCUGUAGAUGGUGUGAAAGUGAUCCUGAAGAAGAAGAAAAAGCUUCUUCUAUUGCAGAAAAAGGAGUGGACGUGGGAUGAGAGCAAGAUGCUGGUGAUGCAGGACCCUAUCUACAGGAUCUUCUACGUCUCUCAUGAUUCCCAAGACUUGAAAAUCUUCAGCUAUAUUGCUCGAGAUGGUGCCAGCAAUAUCUUCAGGUGUAACGUCUUUAAAUCCAAGAAGAAGAGUCAAGCUAUGAGAAUCGUAAGGACCGUGGGACAGGCCUUUGAGGUCUGCCACAAGCUGAGCCUGCAGCACACCCAGCAGAAUGCAGAUGGCCAGGAAGACGGGGAGAGCGAGAGGAACAGUGACGGCUCUGGGGACCCAGGCCGCCAGCUCGCAGGAGCCGAGAGGGCCUCCACGGCCACUGCAGAGGAGACUGACAUUGAUGCUGUGGAGGUCCCACUCCCCAGGAAUGAUGUUCUCGACUUCAGCCGAGGUGUGACAGACCUGGAUGCUGUAGGGAAGGAAGGAAGCUCCCACAUAGACUCUACGGUCUCACCCCAUCCUCAGGAGCCCAUGCUGACAGCCUCACCUCGUAUGCUGCUGCCUUCUUCUUCCUCGAAGCCACCAGGCUUGGGUACAGGGACACCUCUGUCCACUCAUCACCAGAUGCAGCUCCUCCAGCAGCUCCUCCAGCAGCAGCAGCAGCAGACGCAAGUGGCUGUGGCCCAGGUUCACUUGCUGAAGGAUCAGCUGGCUGCUGAGGCUGCUGCACGGCUGGAGGCCCAGGCACGCGUGCACCAGCUCCUGCUGCAGAACAAAGACAUGCUCCAGCACAUCUCUGUGCUGGUCAAGCAAGUGCAGGAGCUGGAGCUGAAGCUGUCAGGACAGAAUGCCAUGGGCUCCCAGGACAGCUUGCUGGAGAUCACCUUCCGUUCAGGUGCCCUGCCUGUGCUCUGUGAACCUACCACCCCUAAGCCGGAGGACCUACACUCACCGCUGCUGGGCGCCGGCUUGGCUGACUUUGCCCACCCAGCGGGCAGCCCCUUAGUUGACCACAGCAUGUUUGAGAAUUUGAACACAGCCCUCACUCCAAAGCUCCAAUCUAGCCGUUCCUUCCCGCACCUGUCCAGAUCUGUGGCUCCGAGCUCCAUCACGCCUGGCUCUGCAGAGCCAGGGGGACCAGGACUGAGGGUAGGCAGCAGCCAGCACCUUAAGAACCUGGGCAAAGCCAUGGGAGCCAAGGUCAAUGACCUCCUGCGAAGAAAGGAGUCCUCAAGCCUGGGCAGUGUGGGUGUGAUGGAGAUUAACAAGACUGCUGGGGCCCAGCUGGCUGGUGGGGAAGAUGCUGCCUGUGGAGCCUGGCUGGAGGAUGACAGGUCGGUCCAAGAAGCCUUCCCUCUGCUGGAUCCUCCACCUCCCAUAACCCGGAAGCGAACCCCUCGGGCACUGAAGACCACCCAGGACAUGCUGAUUUCAUCACAGCCUGUCCUAAGCAGUCUAGAAUAUGGGACAGAAUUGUCACCUGGGCAGGCCCAGGACUCUCCACCCACUGCUCAGCCUGUCUCUGCAGAUAAUUCACGACCAGAGUCCACCAUUGAAAUGCGAGACAAGGGAGAGGCUCUGGCCAAUGGUGAGGAGUCCCUGUUGGUGCCUGACCUAAUACACAGGAACAGCCAGGAGGAAUCCAAGCUAAAGGCGACUGAGUGCAGAAAAGCCUCCUCCCCUGACCCCAUUGCGAGGAAUGGCCUCAAACUCAGCUUGAGCCCCAUCAGCCUGGCUGAGUCCUGGGAGAGCAUCAGCCCACCUCCACGGGCACGGACCUCCAGCCUUGACAAUGAGGGCCUUCACCCAGACCUGCUGUCCUUUGAGUAGUGUGUCUUGCCUUCCCUGCUGAACACACUCUUCACUUUGUCCUUCACUGCACACAGGUUCUUUGUCCCAACUCUGCCAUGCCCUCAUCUUCCUUUGUGGAAGGCACAGCAGAGCCCACUCUAUCUGAGGCGUUGCAGGACCAGAUGGUCACAUGUUGUCCCAGUUAAGGAGUCUGCAGAGUGGUAAAAGGAUGCGGGUGGCAUCUCCGAUCCUACUUCUCUGUAAGAUCUUCUGGCUGCUGCUGGAACUCAUCCACCAUCAGGCUUGUCCCAACUUCCUACUGAAUUAUAGGGCCACCAGCCUAGGAGGAUGGAUCGGGCAGGAAUUCUCUUUGUCUGUCUGAUCAGAUGCAUAUGCUAUCUGUUCUUUCAUCCAGCCACCCCAUCCUCCAGCCCUGAUUCUGUCCCUUUCCUCCAUAGUGGUCCAAGGACUCCCUGCCUUGAAGGAAAUACAGCUAGGGAAGAGUGGUAGGUUUGGCUUGAUGAUGGGAUCGUGCCUGGAAAGCUACACUCUGACACAACCUCCCCAUAGUUCCUUCAGCUUCUAGGCCGUGUGGACCUCUAGCCACCACCUUUCCUCUGUUUCUGGGUUAGGGCCAGCAGAAGUUCUUCUGAGUCUUGGGACCUUGAGGGCUUCCUCAAUGGUUGAACCUUGUCACCAGGGUUCCCAAGGUUUUCCCAUCAGUUAGAUGAACCCCUAUGUCUCUGGACAGGCACUUAGGACAAUGGUAUGGGCAGUUGUGCUGGGGUUCCUUGCUGUGUGUGUAAAGACAGGGGCAGGCAGGCCCCUGCCGAAGCAGCAGAGAGUGUUCUGAUGUUCAAGAGAGAGCUCGGGAACAUGGAAUAGUCCUACAGGAGCAGAGAUCAUAGAGAAGAGUAAAGUAGGGACUGAGAAGGGCAUCGCUGAGAAUCAGAGCAGCUUCUCAGGCCACUCCACACCAAGAAUUAGGCAGUGCUGGGGGCCUGGGAACAGUAUGUAUGAGAGCCAGGGUGUAGCAUGUGAGAGACUGGAAUGUGAUGAGGACUGUGGAGGCAAAGCAGUUGUCAGUAAGUGAGAGCACUUCUUUGUGUUUGUGCUGAGGUUGCCUGAAUUCCCUGCAGCCCCAGGCCUGCCCAGAGAUACCCCGAGCCUCUGUGCUUUAUCUGCAUAACAGUGAUCUUCCUCUGCCUCUGCUGUCCGGAUCUGUGUAAGGAACCAACAAGGCUUGUCAACCCUUGGCCAGCUCCUGCCUUCCAGGUUAACUCGCUUUGUGUUCCUUUCUCCCUCCAGGGGCCCUAUCAUGUUGUCUUCCUGUGACCAGGAGACUCUGUAGUGAUCCUGGCCACAAGGAUCUUUGUAGUCAGAAGAGGACAUCCCUAUUCUCGAACAAGGAGGUCAAUGCCCCACAAGGAGGCUGGGGAUGGUGCAUCCAGCCAGAGCAGGCCGUGUAGCAGUCAUCUGCUCUACUUCCUGUGGUCCUCCCUUUUCUGCUUGCUUGACUUCCCAUCUGUGAGACUAGGGCACACAGGUCUCACUUGUCUGUUCAACAUCACCAACGUGCUUCCCUCCUCCCACCCAGCAGACAUCUGCGCUAACUCCUGCAGAACCGGAAUAGGAGGCUUCAGCAGGAUCCCUGGGAGGAGGUUUCCCUCUCAUAUCCUUGCUUAAGCAGCUGUAUGGCUUCCACCAUCUCUGCCCUCCAACCCUCUUCUCUUGCCCCAUCUUCCAUUGCCAGGAAUGCAAGAGCUCAUGCCAUGCUUCCUGCAUAGUCCUGUCUCUUCCUCUCAGAUGAGAAUACAUGCAGCCAGGCAUCUGAGGAUCCUGGUAGAGUACACAGGACUGUUAGCACAUAUGUAGCACACGUGCCUUGCUCCAGGAACAUCCCAAGGAUGUGACAUCUGAAGUUAGAGAAGUCCUUAGGGCUAGCAUCUGAGGAUCUAUGAAUUUUUCCCAGAGUGAUUUGUAAUACUACCCAAAACAGAGAGUUCAGGCUGUGGGGGUGGAAAGUCUAGGCGUGCACGAGAGCACAUGUUCAGUGUAAUCUGAGUGCUGCAUACCAGAAUCGUGGUCUGCUCCUCCAAUGGGAUGCUCAGUCAGUGGCUGCCCUCUGGGGCUGCUCCUUCCCAAGGGUGCCUAAGUGAUAUGGUUGCCUAAGACCAACAGAAUGAAGCUUGGCUUGCUUAAGCACCCAGGAUACUGCUAGAAUCCUGGUCCUCAGGCCCAGGAUUAGCCAAAAGAUCCCACCAUAUUGUCCCAGGACCCCUGACAAGGAAACUUCUGAGUACUUUAGACUUGGGCAUGAUGUUGAAUUGGGUGCCAUGGAUGCCAACACCAACUCCUAGGGUCUUGGCCAUCUCCCUACUACAGAAGUGAUGCUGCUACCUCAGGAGGUCCUCUGAGACUGAGCCUUGUCUUAGAUGCUGCAGAUAUUGCCUGGUGCUAGGGGCUAAGUGCUUCCCAGGGACCAGCAGGAACAAAUCCUCUUGAGAGCUUUGACUUACAUCAGUUCUUCCGUCUAGUGCCCCAACAGACUCAAAGACCAUCUCAGCAGUCUGGACUAGCAUGGCAGCCUUCACAAUGAACCAAGAUCCUCUGGGGCUUAGUCCUGGGGUAGUUUGAUCUGCAUGGGGUGGGAGGGGGACAGGCUAAUGGGGAGGAAUGAAGGAUCUAACUUCUAUGUUUGAAGAAGCUAGGGCCUUGGAGCUUUUGUCUCCCCCACUUCUUUCCAGAUUCAUUGUAUGGGCUGUUCAGCCCAUAGCUUUACCCUGAUAGAUCACAAAAUAAGCUUCCAGAAGCCUGGAAAGAGGGCAUCUCCUCCCCUGUCCCAGCCCACACUUCUCUCUAGAAAUGUACCUGUGAAUAUUCUGUAUCUGGGAGAUAUGAAGACAUGUUUUUAACCCAUCAUCUUUUACAGAACAAGUUUUAUCCCUGUUUGGAAGAACAAGAUUAUAGUUCUAUUCUGAGUAUUUUUUAGAGAGCUCAUAUUUAUAUUUUUAGAGAUUUUUCUUGUAGAAAGAAAUUGCAUAAUAAAAUGAUAAUGUGUUUUUCUG